AUGAACGGCGGACUAAGCAAGCUAAGCAGAGUACUAACUAUAAUCUUCUUAAUCUCACUCGUGACACUUUCAGCUGAACUCUUGUACGUUCUGUGGCGCCGCCGUGUCUUCCGCAGACGAAACCCACAAGCCAGCACUGCCGUGGAAGGCGCUGGAGAUCAGCUAUCCCGUCAUUCCUCUUCCGAUUCUUCAUUUCUGUCCAUAGCCUGCUCCAAGGAGUUGCUUUAUUUCUUCUGCACAAGAUCUCACUCCCACUCUCGUGUGGAACCCAACUCCAUAACUCCGACUAAUGAUCAUAACAAUCUCAAUUUGAACGGGGAAUCGGGUAUGGGAGAAAUCGAUAUCGACAUCUUGAAGCUUCAAGAAAUGCAUGGGCCGCCAAGAUUCUUGUUCACCAUCAAAGAAGAGGAGAGAGAAGAAUUGGAAGCAGUCGCUGAGAAUGAUGAUAACGAAGAAAAGGUGAGCUUGCAGGAGUGUUUUACGGCGGCUGAAGAGUCGCCGGAGGUUAAGGUAGAGAUUGAUGAUCACGGUGGAUGUGAAGAGACGCCGUUUUCAACACCCUGUGCUUCGCCUAUGUAUUUCACUCCGUCGGGUUCUCCGUUGCACGAGAUCGAUACACCCGUAUGA